AUGGUUGUAAUACGCUUCAUUUAUUCUUUGAAGAAGGAAAGUUUAACCAAUCAAACUAUCCAAGCCUUUCUAAGGAACCAAGGACCUCUUGCUAUUAGAAGAUACAGUCAUUCAAAUAUCAAGAAAAUGACCAAUUUCUUUAGAGAUAAAUUAGGCGAAGGGGGCUUUGGUGGUGUCUACAAGGGGAAGUUAGAAGAUGGAUGUCUUGUGGCAGUGAAGGUUUUGAAGGAAUUUAGAGGUAACAGAGAGGAAUUGAUUAACGAGGUUGCAAGCAUUAGUAGGACCUCCCAUGUCAACAUUGUCUCUUUUAUGGGCUUUUGCUUUGAAGGCUCUAAAAGAGCUCUCAUCUAUGAGUUUAUGUCUAACGGAUCUCUCGAGAACUACGGAAUGAUAGUCUUUGAAAUGGUUGGAGGAAGAAGAAAUAUAGAUGCUGAGAUUGAUUGUACUAGUGAAAUAUUUUUUCCACAUUACAUUUACAAACGUCUUCAACAAGAUGAAGAUCUAGGACUACGAGGCCUUAUGAAAGAAGAGGAUCACAAAAUUGCAAGGAAGAUGAUAAUAGCAGGUUUGUGGUGCAUACAGACUGACCCAUCAAGCCGGCCACCGAUAAGUAGAGUUGUGAAUCUAUUGGAAGGGAGUCUCGAAUCUUUGCAAGUACCACCCAAGCCUUUCUUGUCUUCGCCAACGAGAUCGCCAAAAGAUUCUUCAACAACAGUGUCACUACAGUAUGAUUCUAUAAUGCACUAA